AUGAUAAUUAUAACCUGGAAUUGUCAUGGUGCAGCAUCAUCUACUUUUCGCAACGCUUUUCAGGAAUACAAGAGGCUAUAUCAUCCUAACAUCUUUUGUUUAGUGGAACCUCAUAUUUCUGGAGAAGCGGCUGAUGAAGUUUGUGGUUUGUUGGGGUAUGAAAAUUGGAUCCGUGUUGAGGCAGUCGGAUUUAGUGGUGGUAUUUGGUUGCUUUGGUCAGAAGAUGGUUUUCGAAUUGAAUUAGUUGUUACCGAUCCUCAAUUCAUUACGGUAGCAAUUAAUUUUUCUACUGGAGAGAAAUGGUUGUUUAGUGUAGUUUAUGCAAGCCCUGAUAUUUAUUUAAGGAGGAAGUUUUGGCAAUCUCUUUCUGGAGAAAAUAGUCUAUCCAUUUCUAAAUGGAUUGUCGCGGGUGAUUUUAAUUCUGUAGUGGACUCAUCUGAACAAAGUGGAUAUUCUUCUUCUAAUCCUCCAGGAGCUCAUGAUUUUUCAGACUGGAUUUUCAAGUACUCUCUUAUUGAUCUGGGGUUUGUUGGGAGUGGUUUCACAUGGCAGAGAAGUGGCGAAAAUGUCCCCUAUCAAGCUGCUCGGUUAGAUCGAUGUUUUGUAUCUACUGAUUGGAGACUGGAUUAUGUUGAUGCUAUUGUUGAACAUCCACCUAAAUUGCAUUCAGAUCAUGUCCCAAUUGUGAUUAGAUGUCAAGGGGUUCUAGCUUUUGGAGUUUGUCCUUUUCGGUUUUUAACAGCUUGGACACUACAUGCUCAGUUUGAUCAAGUAGUUGCAUGCUCUUGGGAUCCAAAUCGUUCCCUAAUUCAUAAUCUGAGCACAUUAAAAAUUCAGCUUGGAGAGUGGAAUAGGACUCAGUUCGGUAAUAUCUUUGCUAACAAGAGAAGGCUUUUACGCAGGUUAGGUGGUGUUCAGAGAGAUCUUGCUGAAAGCCGGACAAGGAGCCUUGUAAAGCUUGAAUUUAAAUUGAAACGCAAAUUGGAAGAGAUUCUACGCCAAGAGGAGAUAUACUGGUUUCAGAAAUCAAAAGAGGAAUGGAUAGCGAACGGCGAACGGAAUACUCAUUUCUAUCAUCUAGCAGCUACUAUCAAACGGAAAAAAUUCUGUAUUUCUGCUUUAAAGAAUGAUUUGGGGGAGGUUGUUACUGAUCCGUCGGUUCUUAAAGAGGAGGUUAAGCUAGCAUUGGACCAGAUGGCGAGUGGUAAAGCGGCUGGCGACGAUGGUUUUACUGUUGAAUUUUAUAAGAAGGCUUGGCCAAUAGUUGGGACUCAGGUGAUUGAUUUUGUUCUUUUUUGUUUACAAGGCAAUGAGCUCCCAAGCAUGAUUAAUGAGACGGUUUUGGUAUUGAUACCGAAGGUUACAACAAGUCCUUACUUCAUUAAUUGGACCAGAGCAGAAUAG